AUGUAAACUCAUUCAUAGGAAUGGAUCCUAGACUCAAUCACUGAGUAUCUUAAAUCUCCAGUGUGGAAAAAUCCAAUCCUUGAAUUCAUUGAUGAGUAUUGUAUUGUUUUUGACGAUGAUGAGGAAAAUAAGCUUGAAUAUACAGAUAUACACAAUAAAUUUAAAAAGAUAGUAGAUUAAAAAUUAGAAGCAUUCGUCACUGACUUGGGUAUUCCAGCCGAUGUGUUUGUAAACUCAUGCGAGGUGUCAUCAAAUAAAAUACACAAAUCGAUUAUCAAUUAACUACUAGCAGUUGAAAACUUCCUUUUGUUCAAGAAAAUGAUGAUUGCUAGAAACAAGCAACUUAAUGAAGAAGCAAUCAAAAAUCUCAGACAAGAGGAUGAAGAUGAUGGAGAUGAUGAUUUAGAGGAGUAAGCUGAGAGAGAAAGAGAAGAGGCAGAACUAGCCUAAGCAAUAGCAAUGUCAUAGGCUUUGGAAGAUGCCAGAUUGCAAAAACUGCAUGAAACUCAAAAUCCUUAGGUUAUGGAGCCUUAAAUCCAAAAUUAGUAGCCCGAGGAGGAAAAGAAAUAGUCCACACUGGCAAGCGAGGGCCUUCCAUCAAUUGGAGUAUCAAAGAAAUAAGCAGUCUCCGUAUUUGAUGACAUCAACAUUGAAGAGGACUAAGAAGAUAAAGAGAAGAGAGAAAAGGAUUCUAAGGAGAGACAAGAGAGACUUAAGAUUCAAAGGGAUAAAUUAUUGCAAAAGAAGUAAUAAGAAAGAUAGAGCGAAAUUCAAGAUUAUCACAAAGGAUAGGAGGAUAAAGCUAAAGGGGUGAACUAAGAAGAAGAGGAGAAAAAUCAAAGAAUCAAAAAAGGACUUGCAGCUUUAAGUCUAGAUAAGAAAGUAUCAGAAUAAGAAAUUCAGCAAAAGAGAAAGAAUUUCAUGUCUGAGAUCAGGGAUGCUCUUAUUACAGGAGAUUAGGAAAGCAGUGAAGCAACUAUCAAGAAAGUAAAAAAAGGAAAGAAAACAAGGAAGGGAGAUGAAGACGAUUUCCUAUGA